AUGGCGAGUAUUUCUACGACACCGACGCAGACGACGAUUCAGUCGCUGGAACGCAUUGGAACACACUCACAUGUACGCGGCCUGGGGCUUGACGAGCGUCUGGAGCCGCGCGAAAAUGCUGAUGGACUGGUCGGUCAGCAGCCUGCGCGGAAGGCGGCCGGCACAAUUGUUAAAAUCGUACAGGCGGGCCGCAUUGCUGGACGUGCGGUGCUGAUUGCUGGUCCUCCUGGUACGGGCAAGACGGCGAUUGCGAUGGGCAUGGCACAAACGCUUGGCCCCGACGUUCCCUUUACGAUGCUUGCUUCCUCGGAGGUCUACUCCUUGGAGAUGAGCAAGACCGAGGCGCUUACGCAAGCGUUUCGGAAGUCUAUUGGUGUGCGCAUUAAGGAGGAGGCGGAGAUUAUUGAGGGUGAAGUCGUUGAGAUCCAGAUCGACCGCAGCCUCACGGGUGCGACCAAAACGGGCAAGAUUGUCAUGAAGACGACCGACAUGGAGACUGUUUACGAGCUUGGAUCCAAGAUGAUUGAUGUUUUGCAGCGCGAGAAGGUUACCGCCGGUGAUGUGAUAACCAUUGAAAAGUCGAGCGGCCGGAUCACCAAGCUGGGUCGCAGCUUUGCGCGCUCGCGCGACUAUGAUGCGAUCGGUAGCGAUACCAAGUUUGUGCAAGUGCCUGAAGGAGAACUGCAGCGUCGCCGCGAGGUAGUGCACACAGUAACACUCCACGAGAUUGACGUGAUCAACUCGCGCACGCAGGGCUUCCUUGCCCUUUUUGCUGGCGACACGGGCGAAAUCAAGCCUGAGCUGCGCGACCAAAUCAAUGCUAAAGUCAGCGAAUGGCGCGAAGAAGGCAAGGCCGAGAUUAUUCCCGGCGUCUUGUUUUUGGACGAGGUACACAUGCUUGAUAUCGAGUGCUUCUCGUACCUGAACCGUGCACUCGAGUCGGAGCUUUCACCGCUUCUUGUCAUGGCCUCGAACCGAGGUCAUACGCAGAUUCGCGGCACGCGUUUCAGCUCUCCACACGGGAUUCCGAUUGACUUGCUUGACCGCUUGCUUAUUAUUAGCACCAAACCCUAUUCGGACCGCGAAGUGCGUCAAAUCUUGUCUCUUCGCGCGGAUGAAGAAGAGGUGAAACUUACUACCGAAGCACUAGAUGUGCUUACGCGCAUGGCGAUGGAAACUUCGCUGCGCUACACGAUCAACCUCAUCACGACCGCAUACCUUGCAUCGAGGCGGCGGAAGGCGGCCGAGGUGGAUGUUGCCGACGUCCGCCGUGUGUAUAACCUGUUUCUCGACGAAAAGCGCAGUGUUCAGUACCUGCAGAAUCAUUCUGCCGAGUUCCUGAGCGACUCGCCUGAAUCUGGGGCCGCCACCGUAGCAUAG